AGGGAUUUCCGGUUGAGGAGAAAAGCUACUGCAGGAGGAUCUAGUACUUGCUGGGGCCGUGGGUGCCUAGCAUCAGUUUGCCUCGCGAGCGCCAAACCCUAGCGCGGGCUAGCAAGGAGGGCGCCGACAUCUGGGCGCUUCUCUGACACACACACCCCCCGCUCUGAGACACCCAGCUGCCGCCCAAGUGGGGGUUGUUUCUGCCACCAAGAUGGGGCCCUUGCAGCACCUCUCCACAAAUCAGCGUUGCCGGCCCAGCCCAGUUCCAAAGCCGGUGCCAAAUUAAAUGUCAGCUGCUUCGAGGGUGGCUGGCUGCCGCCCCCAAGGGAGCCGCGCAGCUGAGUCUCGGGCCAGACUCCGAAUACAUGCAUUCACGCCGCGUGCCUCAGCCACGGCGGUGCCUCCGAGAGCCGGCGUGCACGCGUGCCUGCCCACGCGCCUGUCUCAGCUCUCAGUUCAGGACCUCAAGGGGCUCGGCUACGAGAAGGGGAAGCCCGUGGGUCUGGUGGGCGUCACAGAGCUGUCAGAUGCCCAGAAGAAGCAGCUGAAGGAGCAGCAGGAGAUGCAGCAGAUGUACGACAUGAUCAUGCAGCACAAGCGGGCCAUGCAGGACAUGCAGCUGCUGUGGGAGAAGGCGGUGCAGCAGCACCAGCACGGCUACGACAGCGACGAGGAGGUGGACAGCGAGCUGGGCACCUGGGAGCACCAGUUGCGGCGCAUGGAGAUGGACAAGACGCGGGAAUGGGCCGAGCAGCUGACCAAGAUGGGCCGGGGCAAGCACUUCAUCGGAGACUUCCUGCCUCCGGACGAGCUGGAGAAGUUCAUGGAGACCUUCAAGGCCCUGAAGGAAGGCCGAGAGCCUGACUACUCCGAGUACAAGGAGUUCAAGCUGACCGUGGAGAAUAUCGGCUACCAGAUGCUGAUGAAGAUGGGCUGGAAGGAGGGCGAGGGGCUGGGCUCGGAGGGCCAGGGCAUCAAGAACCCGGUCAACAAGUGAGUGCGGCCAAGCUCGGUGGG